GCUUGAUGGGCAGGCCCAGCGAGCGCUAUCUGAGUCCUGGGAACUCCGCGUCAUUCAUGAGCCGCCGCUACCUAGGAUACGAAGCUCGACUCUCCAAUCCGCUAUCAUACCUACCUGAGCGUUGAUUUGAAUCGAAACUACCGACCGAUUCACGUUUCGUGGGAAGGGCACCACAACGAGCCAGUUCGACAAUUCAUCCGUACGGCGGAACUUCCAGCAGUGUGCGCCCACCCGAGCCACUACACACUGUCCAAAACCGUUUUCGCCUCCGCUACGAGUCCCUAUCCGACAGCUUAUCAAAUACACACAUCAUCGAACCUUGGGCUAGACUCCGACCGAUACCGCCAAACUACCUACCACCAGAUACAACAUCUCGCCCAACAUGUCGUCCAGAAAGAAGGUUCUUUUGAAGGUCAUCAUCCUCGGUGACAGUGGUGUCGGCAAGACCAGCUUGAUGAACCAAUAUGUCAACAAGAAGUUCAGCGCCAGCUACAAGGCCACCAUUGGUGCCGAUUUCCUGACGCGGGAGGUUCUGGUUGACGACCGCCAAGUUACUAUGCAGCUCUGGGAUACUGCUGGUCAGGAGAGAUUUCAGUCACUCGGUGUUGCGUUCUACCGUGGAGCGGACUGCUGUGUGCUCGUCUUUGACGUCAACAACUCCAAGAGCUUUGACGCCCUUGACAGCUGGCGUGAUGAGUUUUUGAUCCAAGCUUCACCGCGGGACCCCGACAACUUUCCAUUUGUUGUGCUGGGAAACAAGAUUGAUGUCGAGGAGAGCAAACGGGUGAUUUCAACUAAACGCGCCAUGACCUUUUGCCAGUCGAAAGGCGGCAUUCCGUACUUUGAGACAAGUGCAAAGGAGGCCAUCAACGUAGAGCAAGCUUUUGAAGUCAUUGCCCGGAAUGCCUUGGCCCAGGAGGAGUCGGAAGAGUUCAGCGGCGACUUCCAGGACCCCAUCAACAUUCACAUCGACAACGACAGGGAUGGAUGCGCCUGCUAAAGUAUAGCCUUUUGGAUAUUUCAGCGUGCUUUUUCGACGAGCCUGAGCUCGACUUGGCGACAAUAGACAGACCAUGUUCAUUGGGUCAGAUAGCUUGAUUCUUUUGUCGUUUCCAGCUGCAUCACCGGGAUGGUUUUCUAGAAUUUUCACGUGUACUCGAUAUCUCUUGGACUGCUGAUCCCAAGAAGCAAUGUACCAUACAUCACACGCGACUGCUUUGGUCUGUUCUUCUCAUUUUUUACCCGUGGUAAGCAAAAGAAACAACGGUUGCGCGGGGGUCCCACGCAUUCCAGGAAAAAAUUGAGGCUUUUUGCCGUGCGAUACUUCUAUCAUCCCGUCUCGAUGAACCUGCCGCACACGAUCUAAAGCUUGAUUGUUCCGCAAUGAGCCACAUUGGUCAAGCGGGGAUUUUACUUUGCCCCUAUACAAAACGGGACAAGAUAGUAUAAGGAAUCGCAUCGUAUUGGCCCGUGGUUGUUCAAAUGAGCGGUCGGCGAAUGCAUAAAUCAACAAAUUGCAUGCGACUGCAUGCUUUUAUGAGGCCUUCAUUCGACUAGGUACCUACCUACCUCACUAGCCUUGGGAGAGAGAGGAAGGGAGCAGCUACAGGCUACAUUAAUUGUUACCAGCACC